AGGCCAUUGGGCUGCAAGUGUAAGCCUUUACAUGUGUGAGGGUGUGUGUGACAUUGUUUGUCACGGCGUCUAUUUUGCGUACACUAGAAUAUGGUCUUUUUUAGCUGAUCCCUUCAAGCAUGAACUUCUUUUGCUUCACACUGGAUGGUUCCACGGAGAGCAUAUAUGAAGCAACCCAGCGUCCAUCACUGAAGGAAGUGUUACCCAAGUGCCAGUGUAGUCCUCUUCUCAGGCGUCGACCUCAGUGGACAGGCUCGGAUCCAAACAUAAGUUGUGUGCAACGCCCAAAUAAUGUCAGGUUAAAAAGAAACAAUAGAAGUUCUUGUAUCCCAACUUCAGCGUUGGACAUUGACUCAUCAGGAACCGAUUCUUCGUGCGGUACAGCAUCCGGUGUCAGGAGAGGCGGACAUGACCAGGAGACAGAGCAGAAGACGGCUUCCAGCCAAAGAAACACUUGGACAAGCGAAGUUCAUGUCAACGAGUUGAACUGCGGAAGAACAAAAACUAAUCUUCCGACUCAGGGUGGUCAAAGUGCAGACGGCAAAGAAGAACAGAUGCCUUCAACAGCAGGAAGACUAAACUUGUUUCACACUUUUCUGCAAGCCAAAAAGGGACAUCAGAAUGUUUCUGGAAAAGGAAAGAACGGGAUUGAUAGGAGUCAUGUGACAGAUGUGUUAAGUGCCAGCAAGCCAGUGUUGACCUGUGUCGGCCUUGGCAAGCGAGCAGAGAAGACCUCCUGUGAAAGUGAUCAGCGGAUGCAGCAACAAGAAGUCAAAAGUCUCCAAGAAGACGUAAAGAAGGAUGGCGUUUGGAGCCCUACUAACUGUUCUCAGCCUUGGCCGCCGCUCUACCACACUUGCCACCAGCCUGGUCAUGACUUGUGGGUCUGUGACGGAAACUUGCUCCUUCCUCGGGCGACAGAAUGGGAUCGUUUUGAGAGCUUGAUUCAGGAACUGGACAGAAAAGAAUCUCAUCAUCUUUCUCCCGAUGUGAACGACCGAACCACAGAAGACAAAUGUAGCAGAUUUGGAGCUUCAAGCACCUCCGUGGAGAUGUCGCCGUCCGUGAAGCUUGCACAUAAAACAGGCUCUUUGCUGGAACAGAAUGGUCAAGCUUCAAAACCGAGACAGAGGGAGGACUUACCGGACGCUGACAUAACGCCGACUGAGAGCACAGCAGGCCGAAAAAAUGGAGACAACAAAGCAACAGACGCAGAGAAGAAAGACUUCAGUGUCAGAAGGAAAGUGGUGAAAGGACACAAGCUGUCCAGCACAUCACUGGAAAGCGUCUACAGCAGACAGAGCUCGUCAAGUGGAGUUACCAGCUGGUCGGACUGUUCCAGUAACAGAGACAGCCUGAGGCUGGAGGACGACGUUUUGUCCACAAGACAGUUCUGUGGUCGAGCGAGGGUCCACACAGAGUUUGUGCCAAGUCCGUACGACACGGAAUCCCUCAAACUUCAGGUUGGAGACGUGAUUGACAUUAUCCACAAGCCCGCCAUGGGAAUAUGGACCGGGAUGUUGAACAAUAACAUUGGAAACUUCAAGUUCAUCUACGUGGACCUAACAGAGACGGGUCCCUCUGAAAAUCGCAUUUCAAGACCGCAAUGUCGAUCCACAAUCAAUGAAGUGCUGAAGCACUUCAGCUUGGAGGAAUAUUCCACGUCUCUUCAGCAGAACGGUUACCAGACCGUUGAUGACUUGAUGAGGCUGAGGGAGCAUCACCUGCCUAAACUGAAAGUGUCCGAUCCGGAACACGGACGUAGUCUGCUCGCUGCUGUGGAGUCUUUAAAACAACUGUGCUUCUCGCAGUCUAGUUUGCUGUGCGAUGCAACAGGUGACGUUGCUAUCCCUGAUUGUGAUGAUUGUCACAUGGAGAAGGAGUCCAGCAAAGAGGCCGAGACCCCCAGCGAGCACAUGAAGGGAGACAUGAAGACCUGCCCGAGAGACUCCGGCUGCCACAUGUCGUCUGACGGCGAGGUCACGGAACAUAAUUUUCAUGACGACCUUGGAGCUGAUGAGAUGACAGCGUCAUGACAAGACGUCAUCGUCAGGUUACGUGACUUUUGGAAAGACACGACGUUAUUGAGCUUCUAACAUAUCAGCAUCUCCGUGGAACUCAACAUUCGGUGUUGGUAAAAUGUAAAUAAGGGAUUUCUAAGCAGUAGUUUGAAAAAUCUAAUGAUUAUAAUAUUUACAAAUGUGUUUUUGAUGUUCUGAACGAAUAAUGAGUCUAACUUGCAAUAUAUCAUGUUGAAAAAAAAUAUAAAAAUUAGCUAAAUGUGUGUCAUGAUUUUCUC